AUGGUGGAAAUAUUUACACCAUGGAAACUGGCAGAUGCUACAAACAGGGCUUUUUUUCCCCCUCCCAGCAAGCCAGUUCUGAAAUAUUUAGCACACCCCUGGCCUUCUUCUAGAAGCAUGUUCCUUGGGAACUGUUACCUCUUAAGACUAUCAGAGACCUGGGUCCAGACAGGAUUAGAAAAGAACAUUGUCACAUUGAAAACAUGUCCAACUUAUAGUACACUGAAGUUGUAUCUUACAUGGGAGUUACAGUCUAAGUUAGAAUAUGAGGUGAAUUUGGAAGAUAGUAAAAUUUGCCCUUGA